AUGGGCAACGGAUGUUCCAAAUGCUGCCAGUGCAAUGAGCACAAACAAAUCCACGGCACACUCUCCUCGGCCUCGUCGGUCUACAGGAAAAGGAGCCGUGGUGAAAUUCCCAUCGAGAAUUCCGACCGCUUUCGCAUCACGGCUACCAGCAAUGCCGUACAGCUGGCCGUGGAGCAUGUGCAACGGGAGGACGCCGGCCACUACACGCUGUUUGCCAAGACGAAGAGCCAGGAUGUGGUGCGCAGGCACGUUGAACUUAUCGUGGAGGACAGAUCCACCGGCGACGAUCCACCGGUGUUCCUUCGACGCCUCGUUGAUCUCUCUGUCAAGGUGGGCACCCGUACACGACUCCUCACUGAGAUUAAGAGCUCGACAGACUUGAAGCUCACUUGGUACAGAAAUGAUCGCAGGGUGUGUGCCAGUGACCGCAUCACAGAGAUCAACGAGGGAACCUUCCAUUACCUUGAGGUGAGUCCUGUGACUUUGGAGGAUGGCGGCCAAUGGAUGCUGAUGGCGGAGAAUUAUGGCGGACGCAACUCUUGCCUGGGUACGCUAAACGUGCUGGUUCCCAAAGCGUACAAGACGCCAGAGUUUGUGGAGGAGCUGCGCGCUGUGCUCACAGAGCAGGGCACCGUUUCGCUGGAAUGCAAGGUGGUGGGCGUGCCCACACCGCAUCUGCGAUGGUUCAAGGACUCCAAAGAAAUCAAGGCCGGCGAUAUCUUCGCCCUGACAGCCAACGCAGAUGACCCAACCAGCCUCGGCACGUAUACGUGCGAGGCGCGCAACUGCAUGGGCGUCACUUACUCCAGCUCCAAGGUGCAUGUGGUGGGACGUGGUAGCCGCGAGGGAUCCCUCAAGCCGGCGGACAGCGUCGCUGGUAAUGCGCCGCCUCCGAUAUUCACGAACGAACUGCGGGACAUGAGCCUCCACAUCGGCGAGACGAUCAUUCUGGGCUGUCAAGUGGUGGUUCCGCCCUGGCCCAAAAGCGUGUGCUGGUACAAUACGGAAGGCCGUGUGGAGACCGCCGAGCGGUAUAAACUGAUCGAGGACGGCCUGGGCGUCUACAUGAUCGAGGUCAAGCCUUCGGAGUCCUGCGAUGCCGGCGAAUGGAAAUGCGUGGUGACCAGCUUUGAUGGCAGUGUUGGCAUCUCUUCGUGUAACGUCGCCAUGGACAUUCCCCGAAAUUAUCGUAAGCCCCGAUUCAUGGAGAGUCUUCGCGCCGUGCUCACCGAGGAGGGACUUGUUUCCUUCGAAUGUAAAGUGGUAGGUUUUCCAACGCCAGUGCUUAAAUGGUUUAAAGAUGGUCACGAACUGAAGCCAGGUGACGUGUAUCAGCUAACCGGUACCAACUCUUUGGGUACCUACUGCUGCAUUGCACGUAAUUGCAUGGGAGAGACCAGUAGCACUGCCGUCCUCACCGUGGAGGAUAUUCAAAACCAGCUGACCGACGAGGAGCGGCUGGUGUUCACAAACCAAAACCAAAACCAAGCGCCAAAGUUCCUCACUGGAUUGAAGAGCACAGAUGCGAAGAUAAACGAACCUUUCCAGUUCAAGGUUGUGGUAAAGGCCACUCCAGAUCCCAUACUAUCCUGGUUCCGCGACGAGCUGCCCAUUGAUCCGAACGAACGAUAUAAUCACUACCGCGGUGAAAACGAAGAAUGGCUGUUGGACAUCAAGGCCGUUGAGUUUGUAGACCAGGCCGAGUGGAAGUGUGUCGCCGUCAACGAUUUCGGGACCAGUAUCACGUCUUGCUUUCUAAAGCUACAGAUACCGCGUCACUAUAAGAAGCCACGUUUCCUUGAAUGCCUGCGAGCGGUGCUUACCGAGGAGGGAGCCGUAAAUCUGGAAUGCAAGGUUAUUGGUGUCCCUCAACCGGCCCUGAAGUGGUACAAGGAUGGCGUGGAACUGAAGCCGGGAGACAUUCAUCGCAUCAUUUCUGGUCAGGAUGGCACCUGCUGUUUGGGCACCUACACCUGCGAGGCAAGGAAUUGCAUGGGAAUCGUCGCAAGCUCUGCGUCGCUGCUAGGUUUCGAGGAUGCGCAAAGGAGUCAGCAGCAAAAGAACGAGGAGCCGCGCGAAAACGAACUGCAGAGAAACUACUCACUGUCAACCAUCCAGGAAGAGCGCACAUCCCAAAUGUAUGAAACGCCCGUCGGCGACAUUACCAUCGAUGAUAAGGGCGAUGUAUCAUUCUCCUUCGACGGCAAAGAGGUCUCCGUUUCACUCUACGAAACGCCUGAUCUCACCGAGGAGGAGGCGCUUAAGAUUGUGGAAAUGUAUGCCGAUCAGAUUUCGGAGCAUGUGACUGAGCAUAACAUUGUGGAGCUGCCGCCGCUGCGUUUUGUCAAGGAAACCUCGCAGUCGGGCAAGCUGCUAAUGGAAGCCGUGGUCAUUGACAUUUCGCCCGAGUAUUUUACAGUGGAGGAGGAUAUGCGUACGGAGGCUGAUAUGGAUGACAUAUCCAUAACGGAGAUCACAGUUCACGGCUCUUCCGGAAGGGAGGGCAAAUUUGACAAGGAAACCGAGCAAUAUGUGCAGGAGUCCUUUGAGAAGAUGGAGGAGGAAUUGUCUCUAUCAGCCCCAAUUCGAAAGCGCAAAAAGUCAAAGCCUACGGAGACAGAUGAAUUCUUUAGCCUGUCCAAAGCCUCGGCGUCGGGCAGCCAAGGCGAGGAGGAAACGUCGGACUUGCAGACCUUUGCCAGCGCCCAGAUGUCUGCCUCUCAAAAGGCAGCCGGCGAAGCUCAAACCAGUUCGGAGAGGGACAAGGAGUCAGUGGCGCCGCCAAAGAGAAAGAAGUCCAAGAAACCGACAGACAGUGACUCCUCGAAGACCACUGAAGACGAUGCCCGACUGCAAGACAUUUCAGGUGCUGUAGGAGAUGGACUUUUGGUGACACCAUCGUCGCACCCGAAAGCAGUUACUGAUGAGAAUGAAAUCAAUAAGAAUCUCAUGUCCCUCGUUCCGCUGGCGAAGCUACUCAAGGCCAUUCAUAAUAAUCUUACAGCCGUUGAGAAUGAGGUCUUGGAACAAUCCACCAUGAUGAUGACCCCAGCUGCAGCGGAUCAAAGCAUUGCCAUCAUACGCAAUAUUAUAGAACCGAUCAAGCAAAUCGAAUCGAAACUACGGGUGUACUCCGGCGAGACACAAAUCGACGCCCUCAUCCAAUCCAUGGACGAAGAUAUUCGCCGACUACACAUGGGUUUGCAGGUCAUUGAAAAGUGUGUGGAAAUUGAUGAAACGGGAGCCACGCUCAUACAGCGCACCAGUGUAUGCAUUAUCGACAGCGUGGCCGAUCAGAUGAAGCGAGCCCUCGAAGAGCUAAAGGUUGUAAGCACAAAGUUUGAGUCGGAGUGCCUGCGUGCGCAAAUUGAACUCACCGCUGAUGACAUUCAACAGGGAUUGGAAAUCACGCAAGGCACAAUUAAGUCUCAGGCGCUUUUGCAGGAGGCACAAGAACUGGAGGCCGCCAAGCACUUCUCCGAAGCCGUUGAGAAAAUGCAAGAAGUCCCCGAUUCCAUAUCCUUUGCAACCAUUUCGGAGGCAAAUUGGCCGAGUGAAGCGAGCGCUCUGAAAGAUAUUUGCCAACCAGUGGCAAAGAUUCAGGAAGCACUGGAACGUGUCGAAAUGGAGUUGUCUUUGGAAGAUUCAGAGGAGCAGAUCUACAAAAAGGUCCACCAAAAAGUGCUCGAGAGCAUUGUGGAGCCAAUUAAGCAGUUGGAGAGCACCCUGCAGUCAAUCGAAGAUAAGACCCAGUCACUGGGGGUUACCGAAUCUAUGGAACAGAAAAUCAACAUGACCAUUCUUGAUAUUGUAACGCCACCUCUUUUCGAACUCAAAAAGGGCUUGGAGGUCAUCCUCAACGAGAAAUCGGACAGCGUAGAAGGUGGCAUGCUGACGGUCAGCACCGUGGAAUCGAUGGUACCACCGCUGCAGGAGAUCCAAAAUGGUCUUGCGCAGCUGGGCCAGGAUCUAGAGAGUGGACAACCCUCAAUCCCGAUAGAGGAUCAUCGAUCCGAGCCAGCUUUGGAUGUGGCUGAUACCCAAAAACUUUUGCAGUCAUUUGCCCAAGCCGUUUUGCAUUUUGAAACGAACAUCGAAAGGAUUUCGCCCAGACUUUCGCCCAACGUCAAAAUCCGUUUACUUAAUUUGAAGGACGAACUAUCAGCUUUAAUAAGCACCAUUCUGGAAAAAGACAUUACCGGCCACCAUGUGGAUUUACUGGACAGACUGAAGCGUCCUGUUGAUGAGCUCAACUACUGUAUCCGGCAGACGGAGGUUAAGUCUAUGACUGGAUCUCUAGCCGAUCUAAUUGAGCCCUUAAGCAUGCUGCAGGAAAACACCCAGAAAGGCCACGGGGUGAUGCUUACAGCUCGGGAUCCCGACAAACAAGCUCUGCACACCCUGGAGAAUAUACGCAGCAUUAUUCGAAACGCCGUCAUUGAUAUCGAGGAGCACGAAUUCAAGAUUUUGCAGCAGGAAAUACAAUUGGAUGAGGAGAAGGCUUCACAGCAGCAGGAUAAAUCUUUCAGUGCCCUUCGAAAAGUUCUUGAAACGAAGGUGUCUCUUGAGGAGGCAGUUGGCAACAUUGAAACGCUUCAGGAAACUCUGAAUAAAAUUAGCGAAAACCCAAAAUCAUCCGAAAAGGUAAAGGCAUCCGCUAAUGAAGCGCAAGUUUUCCUCUUGAGGAUCUUGCAAAUCGCCAAGGGGCUGGCUACGUUCAGCGAGGCAGAGACGACUCUCGAUGUCAAUGAGGCGAACACAAGCAGAAUACUUUUUGAGUGUGGCAAAAGCUUUGCUGACUUGGCUAAAGCCCUGGAAAGCCCAUCUGCUCUAUCCGAUAAUCAAUUUUUGAAUGCUCUAAAUCAGUUCACUGACAUUGUUGAGCAGCAAAAGCCAUUAAUGGAGGAGAAACUUUCCAUUGCUAGUCCCCUCUCAAAUCUGAUUCAUAUCCUCGAAAAACUAAAGCCCUCUAGAGCCUCAGUCGAAGACUUGUCGACUUUGGAUGAUAUUUCAGUGCUUAAGUCAGCCGCAGAGUCUUUGCCCACAGAGCCAGAAGUGGAAACAAUUAGCGGCGAAAAGCAAUUGUCUGUAGCUGUUUUGCUGUCCGACUUAAACCAGGGCCUUACUUCGGUCCUCUCGCACUGCGAUGAUGCUGAUGUCGCCUCGUUAGCCGGUGCGGCAUCCCAGAAAGUACAAGCAGCCAUUGUCAAAAUUCAGGAACUGCAAAGUAUUAUAGCUCUGGUGCAAGAAACGGAUGUUGUGGAAGCAGCGCAGCCUUUGUCAGAGGCUAGUCAACAGGGCACCUUCGCCGAGGCUCUUUGCAGCUUGGAGCAAUGUGUUCUUCACGUGGAGGAAUGUAUGGCCCACAGUGGCGUCGAGAGCAUCCCUGAACUUGAACUUGCGAAGCUUAAGACAUUGGCUACUCCACUCCGCGAAGUAAGGCAGUAUUGCGAACAGAUUGAUAUGCAGGUGCUGGAAAAUGUAACUGAUUUAUCUACCCAGGACGAUAUUUCUGAUCUGAAAAGUGUUGGACACAAGCAAACUGUUUCAGAUCAUAUUCAGGAGAUGGCUGUUGUAGAAGAAGAUGCGACGGUGGAAGUAUUCGACAUACAACAAGGUGUGGCAAGCGGCAUUAAACAGCUAGAGGCUUGUCUCGAGGUCACACAGACUGAUUCCAGCAAGGAACUCCAGAAGGUAGCCCAAAUCAUGGGGCAGCUAAAGUCAGAUCUGCAGAAUAUUCAAACUGCUCUUGUCUCGGAAGGUGUUCAGCAAGAAACUGUCCUAGCCCAAGCGAAAAUAGCCCGUACCAUGUUUAGAUUGAAGGAAUCUCUAGUUCAUACCUAUGAGUCGGGCUUGGUGGACUCUUUGGAAAACGUUGAGAGUGCUUUUGAAGACAUAUUGCUUUCUUUGCCCGUUCUAGAGACCCAGCUAGCUCAGGAAAUGUUUGGAAAAAUUGAGAAAGCAUUCAAUGAUUUCAUUGUAUAUUGUGAUUGCCAAGAAGCGAUUGAACAUAAAAAGCUUUCAACUCUGAAGAAACCCAUUGAAAAUCUAAUUCAGUCUAUUGCAGCUGUAGCCGCUCAUCCCACAGUUGAUAUCGACAAGUCUUCGGCGGUUGUUGUACAAUUUCAAACUAGUUUGAUGUCGGCGUUUCGUAGCCUGAAUGAAGUUAGCGAAAAGGCCAGCAAUGAAUAUUUGGGUGGACUCUUAAAGACGCAGAGUAGCUUAGUAACCGUAUUUGAUUUUAUUGAAAACAAUGACACUACCAUUCGCGUUAUUGAACUCCUGCAAGAAAUGGAUUCCAUUACUGCGGAAUUAAAGGCAUUGUCUCGAAUUCCGGUUGAACCUACGGUGCAAAUCGAUAUAAGUGAAAUCAUUGAAAGCGUUUCGUCUGGCAAAGCCUUCCUCACCGAAAUUGAAGAUGGUCUUCAAGCAAAUAAUCCCCAGUGCCUUCUCUUACUUGAUGAAAACACGGACGAUAUUGCUCAACUACAGGCAACACUUGUGCAAAUAGAGAAGGAAAUACUUUCCCAGCCCCAAUUAACGCAGAUAACAGCGCAGCAAGUUAGUCUCAUAGACACUCUGCACCUUCAGAUAAAUAUUCUACAAGACAAGCUUAGUAAACUAAAUGUAUUCAUUGAUGAGCUGCAAAAGCAACCGGAAAUUUCUUCUUCUGAAUCGGUUUUAGGUUCAGACUUUAAGACUGAAGAAAGUGCUGAAAGCCAAGAAGAUAUUGAACCAGAAUCUAAAAGGGCCAAAAUUUUAGCAACAGAUAUGGCUUCUACUACAAAAGUUUCACAAGAAUAUAGAGAUAGUGAUGAGCAAGUAAAGCUAACUGAUUCCACUGAAAAAUUUAUUGAAGAAAUAAAGUCUGACAUAAAAGAUGCAUUUAAAAUAAAAUCUGAACAGAUAUCGGAACCAGAAGUCCAGGAAAUAACCGAACCGAAUAACAAAGAGGAAUUAUCAACAAAAGACUUAAUUGAAGAUCACGAAAAAAUAUCUAAGAUUGUUGAUCAAAAGAGUUCUCCAGAAGCCAUUUUAGAGACUUUAACCGAAAAAUUAUCAGACUUGUCGCAGGCACUUGGCAGCGAUACUGAUAACGACACAUUGAAGACAUUUAUUGCAGAAAGCCAAGAUAUUAUUGAAAAUGUCACCGACUACAACAAAGUGUGCAAAUCAAUAUUUAAAUUAAGAGAGCACAUUGUUCACACUUAUGACGGAAAGCCUCCUGAAGAUCAGUUAGAGAAAGAACUUGUCGAAUCAUUUAUUGAGUCUCUAUUCGAGGUCUUUCCUGAAGCAUCUCAGCAAAUAACUGAAAAUUAUGUAAAAGAAAUCAAAACCAACGUAAUUUUAACUAAAGCAGCAAUUCAGCUAAUUGACGAGCAAAAUUUGUCUAUAAAGCCAUCUUCCCUAGUGCCAAAAUUGGUUAAUCUGGAAAGUAUUUCAGAAAAAAUUCAAUUCGAUCAGCAUGUCAAUAAGUCCUCUGAAAAAAUGAUUAGCCUGCAACAAAACCUUAUGGAUAUUUUCAUUAUUCUUGAUGACCUGGUAGACGAAAAAAUUGAAAACAUUAAACCAAAAAUAGAGGAAAUCAAAACCUUAUUGCUUAGCGAAUUUGACUAUAUUGAGAAAAAAGAGGACGCUCUGAUUACUGCAGUCAUACAAGGAAAAAUACAACUUAUUACGCAAAAGAUUCUUAAUAUUUCAGAAGAAUUAAAGGAUAUUCUUGAAAAUCAAAGUCAACACAAAGACACUGUUGAUCACGUAACAUCAUUAGAGAAGCAAACUCUUGAAGAACAACAAAUUGAAGCUCAGACACAAAAACCAGACAAGAAAGAUGUCGACAAGGAAAAACAACCCAUUGAUGAACAACACCUGGAAACUAAGACGCAGAAGCCAGGCGAAAAGGAUGUCAGCAACCAACCUGAGAUGGGAGAAGUUUCGGAGAUCACUGCGGAAAAGAUUGCUGAGGUGAAGAUGGAUGAAACCAAGAAGCCUGAUCUAUCGGAAAAUAAGGCAAAAGCUGAGCAGGCUAUGGCUUUGGAGAAGGAACCCGUUAAGGAGCAACAACUGGAAGUGAAGACGCAGAAGCCAAGCGAGAAGGAUGUCGACAAGAAGCCCGAAAAGGGAGAAGUUUAUGAGGUCCCCGUGGAAAAGAUUUCAGAAGAGAAUAUUGAUGAAACCAAGAUGCCUGAGGCAACGAAAAUGGAAUCUAAACCUGAGCCACCCAUGGCUUUGGAGAAGCAAUCCAUUGAUGAACAACACCUGGAAACUAAGACGCAGAAGCCAGACGAGAAGGAUGUCGACAAGAAGCCAGAACAGGGAGAAGUUUCUGAGGUCACUGCGGAGAAGAUUUCUGAAGAAAAGAUUAAUGAAUUCAAGAUGCCUGAGGUUACACAAAUUGAAUCUAAACCUGAGCCACCCAUUGCUUUGGAGAAGCAAUCCAUUGAUGAACAACACCUGGAAACUAAUAUGCAGACGCCAGACGAGAAGGAUGUCGACAAGAAGCCCGAAAAGGGAGAAGUUUAUGAGGUCCCCGUGGAAAAGAUUUCAGAAGAGAAUAUUGAUGAAACCAAGAUGCCUGAGGCAACGAAAAUGGAAUCUAAACCUGAGCCACCCAUGGCUUUGGAGAAGCAAUCCAUUGAUGAACAACACCUGGAAACUAAGACGCAGAAGCCAGACGAGAAGGAUGUCGACAAGAAGCCAGAACAGGGAGAAGUUUCUGAGGUCACUGCGGAGAAGAUUUCUGAAGAGAAGAUGAAUGAAUUCAAGAUGCCUGAGGUUACACAAAUUGAAUCUAAACCUGAGUCACCCAAGGCUUUGGAGAAGGAAUCCAUUGAUGAACAACACCUGGAAACUAAGACGCAGAAGCCAGACGAGAAGGAUGUCAGCAACCAACCUGAGAUGGGAGAAGUUUCGGAGAUCACUGCGGAAAAGAUUUCUGAAGUGAAGAUUGAUGAAACCAAGAAGCCUGAGCUAUCGGAAAAUAAGGCUAAAGCUGAGCAGGCUAUGGCUUUGGAGAAGGAACCCGUUAAGGAGCAACACCUGGAAGUGAAGACGCAGAAGCCAGACGAGAAGGAUGUCGAAAAGAAGCCCGAUAAGGGAGAAGUUUAUGAGGUCCUCAUAGAAAAGAGUUCAGAAGAGAAUAUUGAUGAAACCAAGAUGCCUGAGGUAACGGAAAUUAAGUCUAAGCCACAGCUAGCUAAGGCAUUAGAGAAAGAAUCCGUUGAAGAGCAACAACUAAAAGCAAAGUCGGAGAAGCCCGACGAGAAGGAUGUCGAAAAGAAGCCAGAACAGGGAGAAGUUUCGGAGGUCCCUGCGGGGAAGAUUUCUGAAGUGAAGAUUGAUGAAACCAAGAAGCCUGAGCUAUCGGAAAAUAAGGCUAAAGCUGAGCAGGCUAUGGCUUUGGAGAAGGAACCAGUUGAGGAGCAACAACUGGAAGUCAAGACGCAGAAGCCAGGCGAGAAGAAUGUCGACAAGAUGCCUGAUAAGGGACAAGUUUCUGAGGUCACUGCUGAAAAGAUUUCUGAAGAAAACAUUGAAGAGGCUAAAAAGGCAGAUGGCAAAGCAGCUGAAUGUAAACCAGAGCAAGCGAAGUUUUUGGAUAAACACUCCAUUGAGGAAACACAAGUAAAAGAUGAGGCCAAGAAGCAAGACGAGAAGGAUGUCGCGAAAACAAAGCUUUUCGAAACAACUAUUGAUCAAGAACCAUCACACGAAGAUGUGGUGAAGACAUUGAAAAACAUUUUCUCUGAAUUGGCCUGUGCUAUAAAUAACGGCAGUAAAAGGAACGACUUAAACUUGAUUGUAGCUGAUUGCCGAGAUAUUAUCAACAACCUUAAAGAUAUUGACGAGGUUUCCAAUUUUAUAUUUAAAUUAAAAGAUCAUAUAGUGCACACUUAUGAUGGGAAGUCUAGUGAGGAUAAAAAGUACACAGAACUUUUAGAAUCUUUCAUGGAAUCUCUUUUAGAGGCAUGUCCUGCCGCAGCUGACCGAGUACUUCAGAACUAUGUUAAAGAAAUUAAAACAAAUGUAAUUUUAACCAAAGCCUGCAUCCAACUUAUUGAUGACAGUAACAUGUUUACCAAGCCAUCCUUACUGGUCCCUAAGCUGGGUAACUUGGAGAAAAUUUCUGUUAGAAUUCAGACCGAGCGACUGGUUGACAAAUCAUCGGAGGGAAUGAUUUGUUUGCAACAGAAUUUAAUGGAUAUCUUCGUCAUUGUCGACGAUCUUUUAGACGAAAAGACUGCAAUAUUAAAACCACAAAUCGAUGAUAUCAAAACAAUAGUUCUAAAUGAAUACGACUAUAUUGAGAAAAAGCAGGGCCAACUACAUACUGUGGUGGUCAAUGGCAAAAUUAAAACUGUAACGCACAAGAUUCUUGAUAUUUGCGAAAACUUAAAUAAAUUGGUUGAAGAUAUUACAAAGAAGUCCGAGUCGGGAGAAGUUUCUGAGGUUACUGCAGAAAAAAUAUCCGAAGAAAAGGUGGAAGAAGCCAAGAAGCCUGACGUUAAGGAAGCUGAAUCUAAGUCAAAGAAAGCAAAGGCUUUGGAAAAACAAACUCUCGAGGAGCAAAAAUUGGUGGCUGAGACACAACAGCAAGCUGAGCAAGAUAUUACAAAGAAGUCUGAGUCGGGAGAAGUGUCUGAGGUUACUGCAGAAAAAAUAUCCGAAGAAAAGGUGGAAGAAGCCAAGAAGCCUGACGUUAAGGAAGCUGAAUCUAAGUCAAAGAAAGCAAAGGCUUUGGAAAAACAAACUCUCGAGGAGCAAAAAUUGGUGGCUGAGACACAACAGCAAGCUGAGCAAGAUAUUACAAAGAAGUCCGAGUCGGGAGAAGUUUCUGAGGUUACUGCUGAAAAAAUAUCCGAAGAAAAGGUUGAUGAAGCCAAGAAGCCUGAGGUGAAGGAAGCUGAAUCUAAGUCAAAGAAAGCAAAGGCUUUGGAAAAACAAACUCUCGAGGAACAAAAAUUGGCGGCUGAGACACAACAGCAAGCUGAGAAAGAAAUCGAAAAGAAGUCCGAGAUGGGAGAAGUUUCUGAGGUUACUGUGGAAAAAAUAUCCGAAGAAAAGGUGGAAGAAGCCAAGAAGCCUGACGUUAAGGAAGCUGAAUCUAAGUCAAAGAAAGCAAAGGCUUUGGAAAAACAAACUCUCGAGGAACAAAAAUUGGCGGCUGAGACACAACAGCAAGCUGAGAAAGAAAUCGAAAAGAAGUCCGAGAUGGGAGAAGUUUCUGAGGUUACUGUGGAAAAAAUAUCCGAAGAAAAGGUGGAAGAAGCCAAGAAGAAGUCCGAGACGGGAGAAGUUUCUGAGGUUACUGUGGAAAAAAUAUCCGAAGAAAAGGUGGAAGAAGCCAAGAAGAAGUCCGAGACGGGAGAAGUUUCUGAGGUUACCGCAGAAAAAAUAUCCGAAGAAAAGGUGGAAGAAGCCAAGAAGCCUGACGUUAAGGAAGCUGAAUCUAAGUCAAAGAAAGCAAAGGCUUUGGAAAAACAAACUCUCGAGGCAAAAUUGGUGGCUGAGACACAACAGCAAGCUGAGCAAGAUAUUACAAAGAAGUCCGAGUCGGGAGAAGUUUCUGAGGUUACUGCUGAAAAAAUAUCCGAAAAAAAGGUUGAAGAAGCCAAGAAGCUUGAGGUGAAGGAAUCUGAAUCUCUGUCAAAGAAAGCAAAGGCUUUGGAAAAACAAACUCUCGAGGAGCAAAAAUUGGCGGCUGAGACACAACAGCAAGCUGAGCAAGAUAUUACAAAGAAGUCCGAGACGGGAGAAGUUUCUGAGGUUACUGCUGAAAUAAUAUCCGAAAAAAAGGUUGAAGAAGCCAAGAAGCUUGAGGUGAAGGAAUCUGAAUCUCUGUCAAAGAAAGCAAAGGCUUUGGAAAAACAAACUCUCGAGGAGCAAAAAUUGGCGGCUGUGACACAACAGCAAGCUGAGAAAGAAAUCGAAAAGAAGUCCGAGAUGGGAGAAGUUUCUGAGGUUACUGUGGAAAAAAUAUCCGAAGAAAAGGUGGAAGAAGCCAAGAAGAAGUCCGAGACGGGAGAAGUUUCUGAGGUUACUGUGGAAAAAAUAUCCGAAGAAAAGGUGGAAGAAGCCAAGAAGAAGUCCGAGUCGGGAGAAGUGUCUGAGGUUACUGCAGAAAAAAUAUCCGAAGAAAAGGUUGAUGAAGCCAAGAAGCCUGAGGUGAAGGAAGCUGAAUCUAAGUCAAAGAAAGCAAAGGCUUUGGAAAAACAAACUCUCGAGGAGCAAAAAUUGGCGGCUGAGACACAACAGCAAGCUGAGCAAGAUAUUACAAAGAAGUCCGAGUCGGGAGAAGUUUCUGAGGUUACUGCUGAAAUAUCCGAAAAAAAGGUUGAAGAAGCCAAGAAGCUUGAGGUGAAGGAAUCUGAAUCUCUGUCAAAGAAAGCAAAGGCUUUGGAAAAACAAACUCUCGAGGAGCAAAAAUUGGCGGCUGAGACACAACAGCAAGCUGAGCAAGAUAUUACAAAGAAGUCCGAGACGGGAGAAGUUUCUGAGGUUACUGCUGAAAUAAUAUCCGAAAAAAAGGUUGAAGAAGCCAAGAAGCUUGAGGUGAAGGAAUCUGAAUCUCUGUCAAAGAAAGCAAAGGCUUUGGAAAAACAAACUCUCGAGGAGCAAAAAUUGGCGGCUGAGACACAACAGCAAGCUGAGAAAGAAAUCGAAAAGAAGUCCGAGAUGGGAGAAGUUUCUGAGGUUACUGCAGAAAAAAUAUCCGAAGAAAAGGUUGAUGAAGCCAAGAAGCCUGAGGUGAAGGAAGCUGAAUCUAAGUCAAAGAAAGCAAAGGCUUUGGAAAAACAAACUCUCGAGGAGCAAAAAUUGGCGGCUGAGACACAACAGCAAGCUGAGCAAGAUAUUACAAAGAAGUCCGAGUCGGGAGAAGUUUCUGAGGUUACUGCUGAAAAAAUAUCCGAAGAAAAGGUUGAUGAAGCCAAGAAGCCUGAGGUGAAGGAAGCUGAAUCUAAGUCAAAGAAAGCAAAGGCUUUGGAAAAACAAACUCUCGAGGAGCAAAAAUUGGCGGCUGAGACACAACAGCAAGCUGAGCAAGAUAUUACAAAGAAGUCCGAGUCGGGAGAAGUUUCUGAGGUUACUGCUGAAAAAAUAUCCGAAGAAAAGGUUGAUGAAGCCAAGAAGCCUGAGGUGAAGGAAGCUGAAUCUAAGUCAAAGAAAGCAAAGGCUUUAGAAAAACAAACUGUCGAGGCAAAAUUGGCGGCUGAGACACAACAGCAAGCUGAGCAAGAUAUUACAAAGAAGUCCGAGACGGGAGAAGUUUCUGAGGUUACUGCUGAAAAAAUAUCCGAAAAAAAGGUUGAAGAAGCCAAGAAGCUUGAGGUGAAGGAAUCUGAAUCUCUGUCAAAGAAAGCAAAGGCUUUGGAAAAACAAACUCUCGAGGAGCAAAAAUUGGCGGCUGAGACACAACAGCAAGCUGAGCAAGAUAUUACAAAGAAGUCCGAGACGGGAGAAGUUUCUGAGGUUACUGCUGAAAUAAUAUCCGAAAAAAAGGUUGAAGAAGCCAAGAAGCUUGAGGUGAAGGAAUCUGAAUCUCUGUCAAAGAAAGCAAAGGCUUUGGAAAAACAAACUCUCGAGGAGCAAAAAUUGGCGGCUGAGACACAACAGCAAGCUGAGAAAGAAAUCGAAAAGAAGUCCGAGAUGGGAGAAGUUUCUGAGGUUACCGAAGAAAAAAUAUCCGAAGAAAAGGUGGAAGAAGCCAAGAAGCCUGACGUUAAGGAAGCUGAAUCUAAGUCAAAGAAAGCAAAGGCUUUGGAAAAACAAACUGUCGAGGAGCAAAAAUUGGCGGCUGAGACACAACAGCAAGCUGAGCAAGAUAUUACAAAGAAGUCCGAGACGGGAGAAGUUUCUGAGGUUACUGCUGAAAAAAUAUCCGAAGAAAAGGUUGAUGAAGCCAAGAAGCCUGACGUUAAGGAAACUGAAUCUAAGUCAAAGAAAGCAAAGGCUUUGGAAAAACAAACUCUCGAGGAGCAAAAAUUGGCGGCUGAGACACAACAUCAAGCUGAGCAAGAUAUUACAAAGAAGUCCGAGACGGGAGAAGUUUCUGAGGUUACUGCUGAAAAAAUAUCCGAAGAAAAGGUUGAUGAAGCCAAGAAGCUUGAGGUGAAGGAAGCUGAAUCUAAGUCAAAGAAAGCAAAGGCUUUGGAGAAACUAACUCUCGAGGAGCAAAAAUUGGUGGCUGAGACACAACAGCAAGCUGAGAAAGAAAUCGAAAAGAAGUCCGAGAUGGGAGAAGUUUCUGCGGUUACUGUGGAAAAAAUAUCCGAAGAAAAGGUGGAAGAAGCCAAGAAGCCUGACGUUAAGGAAGCUGAAUCUAAGUCAAAGAAAGCAAAGGCUUUGGAAAAACAAACUCUCGAGGAGCAAAAAUUGGCGGCUGAGACACAAAAGCAAGCUGAGAAAGAUAUUACAAAGAAGUCAGAGACGGGAGAAGUUUCUGAGGUUACCGCAGAAAAAAUAUCCGAAGAAAAGGUUGAAGAAGCCAAGAAGACUGAGGUGAAGGAAGCUGAAUCUAAGUCAAAGAAAGCAACGGCGUUGGAGAAACAAUCUAUCGAGGAACAAAAAUUGGCGGCUGAGACUCAAAAGCAAGCUGAGAAAGAAAUCGAAAAGAUGUCCAAGAAGGGAGAAGUUUCUGAGGUUACUGUUGAAAAAAUAUCCGAAGAAAAGGUGGAAGAAGUCAAGAAACCUGACGUUAAGGAAGCUGAAUCUAAGUCAAAGAAAGCAAAGGCUUUGGAAAAACAAACUCUCGAGGAACAAAAAUUGGCGGCUGAAACACAAAAGCAAGCUGAGAAAGAAAUCGAAGAGAAGUCCAAGAAGGGAGAGGUUUCUGAGGUUACUGCGGAAAAGAUAUCCGAAGAAAAGGUUGAAGAAACCAAGAAGCCUGACGUUAAGGAAGCUGAAUCUAAGUCAAAGAAAGCAAAGGCUUUGGAGAAACUAACUCUCGAGGAGCAAAAAUUGGCGGCUGAGACACAAAAGCAAGCUGAGAAAGAUAUUACAAAGAAGUCCGAGACGGGAGAAGUUUCUGAGGUUACCGCAGAAAAAAUAUCCGAAGAAAAGGUUGAAGAAGCCAAGAAGACUGAGGUGAAGGAAGCUGAAUCUAAGUCAAAGAAAGCAAAGGCGUUGGAGAAACAAUCUAUCGAGGAACAAAAAUUGGCGGCUGAGACACAAAAGCAAGCUGAGAAAGAAAUCGAAAAGAUGUCCAAGAAGGGAGAAGUUUCUGAGGUUACCGCAGAAAAAAUAUCCGAAGAAAAGGUUGAAGAAGCCAAGAAGCCUGAGGUGAAGGAAGCUGAAUCUAAGUCAAAGAAAGCAAAGGCGUUGGAGAAACAAUCAAUCGAGGAGCAAAAAUUGGCGGCUGAGACACAAAAGCAAGCUGAGCAAGAUAUUAAAAAGAAGUCCGAAAAGGGAAAGGAUUCCAAAGACAAGGUUGAGGAUGCCGAGAAGCUCACAGACAAGCCAUCUUCUGAAGAACGAGAACAGAAACAGACAGAGACGGCUGUGAAGAGAAAGUCUAAGAAGGGAACUGAAGUUAAAGCGGAACUGGCCGAGGUUGUUGAUAAACUAUCACGAAAACAUCAGUUAACUACCAAAAAUGGCGACGAUGAAAUUGUGGGUGAAAAAAUCGAGAGAUCUGAAGACUUGGCCGACUCGGUUAGCCUGCAAACCUACAAGUCCAUGGAUUCGGAGUACAAGAACCGAAAGGAGUCGCGCAGUGCCAAGCGUAAGCCAACAGUGGAUAUUCAAUUAACCAACCGGAAUACGGCCUCGGGAAGCGACCUAAAACUGACAUGCGGGCUAUCGGGUCAUGAUAUGAACGUGCAGUGGUUCAAGCAGAACAGCCACAGUCCCAUCGAGAACGAUGCCAAGUACAGGAGAACAUUGAACGACGGACUCUCGUGCCUUGAAAUUAAAUCGGCCGAAGUGGGUGACUCUGGCAUUUAUCGCUGCAUAGCGUCCAAUCAAAAUGGAGAAGUCGAAACUAGCUGUCUUGUGACUAUAUACGAAGCACCUUCAAGCAAAUUUGGCACUCCGCCAAUAUUUACACGCAACAUUCGAGAUGCAUAUCAUUCCCAGAGCAACCAGUUGACUUUGGAGUGCAAAGUCUCAGGCAGUCCCAAGCCACAUAUUUACUGGCAGCGGGACAAUACUCUGCUGUCCGUUGAAAAUCCCAAGUAUCAGUAUGCGGAGCAGAGCGACGGUGUUAAGCUCUUGACCAUUUCCAGCUUUGGCAGCGAGGAUUCCGGUCUGUACACUUGCUACGCGGAGAGCGAGAACGGGCAGAUGAAGAUCAGCAAGUUUGUGCAGGCUUCGGAUUAUGUGAGGGAAAGAACUUCGGAUAAAAAACCCAUUGAUGUGGUUAUGCAGGAGAUCAAGCGGGAUGAAUCCUCCACCGCUCCGACAAGCGACACUGCGGCGGUGAAGGCUCGUGCCCGAGAGGCCAAGUUGCGACUAAAUCUGGAGACCAGCCUGAAGACCAUGACCAUUGGAAGUGGCAACAAGGCGCAGCUUAUCUGCUAUGUAACUGGCAUCAUUGAGGAUGUGCACUGGCUAAGGAACGAUGAGCGCGUGACAAAGGAUGCUCGACACAAGAUCUACAACAUAAACGGAGCCAUCAGCCUGGAGAUUUACGAUGCCCGGGUGGAGGACAGCGGCCACUACAGAUGCGUGGUGAAAAACAGCAGGCAGACGGUGGAGAGUGCUGGUCAGCUUAGUGUAUUGGAUCAGGCAACGGGCAACUUGCCGAAGAGUUUCUCCACUGCCAUAACAGAGUCCUAUGAUGCCCAACGCAACGAAAUUGUGCUGAGCUGCCAGGUUUACGGGCGCCCCAAUGUCAGUUGGAUGCGGGAUGACCACACCAUCUCCAACAAUCGGUACAGGACUCUUGAAGAGGCCGGCGGUGUUCGAAAGCUGAUCAUACGAAAUCCCAUUCCCUCGGACUGCGGAAUUUUCGCCUGCUAUGCGGAGCAUGAGGACCGUAUUGACUCCAUCAGCACCACCAUAAAGGCCUUUGAUCUCAAGCGCCUAGUCAACGUCAGUCAGGAGGACUUCCCCUCGCUUAGUGAGCAAGACUGGUCACGUAGUCAGUCGUAUUUGAGUUCCAGCAGUCAGCCGCAGCUGCAGAAGGUGGUGAACGGCAAUGGUGAUCUUCAUAGAGCUGGAGAUCACCUCUUGCGCAGCGUGGGCAAGGCAAAGCCUCUCUUCCAUACCCUACUUCACGACCGAACUGUUUCGGAGGGCGGCAAUCUUCGCCUGAUAUGCGGCGUUUCGACAGAUGAGAACACACACAUUGAGUGGUUGAAGAAUCACAAGCCCUUGCCGGCGGACAGUCGCUAUCAGACGCUUUUCCAGAACGGAGAGGCCUCGCUAGAGAUCUAUGCCGCCGUGGCCGACGACAGUGGCAACUACACCUGCUGUGCUACCAACGACUUCGGGGAGAGCCUGACACACGCCCAGCUGCGUGUCUACAAGAACUUCAAGGAGGCCUCACUGCCAAGUACUUUUACGCAGCCAAUCCGAGACACAUAUUCUCUCAACGAGAAUGAGUUGGUUCUGGAUUGCCGCGUGCGAGGCCAGCCCCGUCCCGAGAUUGAGUGGAUGAAGGGCACCGAGAUCAUUUCCAGCAAUGAGAAGUACAAACUGACCGACCAGGCCGAUGGCUACGCCAAGCUAGUAAUCAACAAUCCUACGGAGAAGGACUCCGGCAUCUACUCGUGCGUGGCUCGCAACGAGGGAGCCGAGAACAAGAUCUCCCAUCAGGUGGACUUCAAGGGCCGUCAGCACUACUCGCUGGAGAAGACGCAUGGCUUCUUCCAUCGCGAUCCUAACAAGCCGCACUUCUUGCUGCCGCUGGGCAACCAGACAGUUUGCAAGGGCGGCACCGUGGCCAUUUCGGCGGAGUUCAUGCAAACUAGCACGCCCAUUGAAGUGAAAUGGUAUCGAGACCGCCAGGCGGUGGAUGGACCCAAUGUGAAGACCCUGGCCGAUCGAGGCGUCUACACACUGACCAUUAUGAAUGCCUUGCCAGAGAUCGAGGGCACUUACACGUGCCGGGCCUCGAAUGCUUUUGGUCGCAUCGAGUCGCAUGCCAACAUUGAUGUCUCCAUGGCCGAGACCAAGGAUGAGCGUCCGCCGCUGUUCUUGUCGCGACCGGACACCGAAAUGAAGAUUGCCGUGGGUGAUCCGUUCUCCCUGUCCUUCCGCAUUGGCGGCGAUCCGAAACCUAAGCUCACAUUCAUGAAGGGCACCAAGGACAUCACACAGUCGGACAGGGUCAGCAAAGAGGUAUCGGAUGACUACACCAGAUUCACAGUGCAGCAAGCUCAGAUCUCGGACUCUGGUACCUACUUCGUGGUGGCCCGUAACAACUUUGGCACUGACAGGAUAUUCGUCACCGUCACGGUAAACCCGCGCGCUCGCUCCGCCACGCCAUCGCAACCACGUUGGGGCCUUCCCCUGGAUAGUUACAGCGACACUUCGUACUUCAGAGAUCCGCCGGGUUGCAUUUCCACGGAGCCCCUGGUUGUUGACUCCGGACCCACGCACAUCUCGCUGUCGUGGGGAAAGCCGGUGACUGCCAACUCCGCGCCAGUGAUCGCCUACAAGGUUGAGGCCUGGGUUGUGGGCCAUGAGGGCGGCGCCUACUGGCGGGAGCUCGGCCUCACGCCCAUCAACUCGUUCGACGCCUUCAACCUGAAGCCAAACCUGGAGUAUCAUUUCCGGGUUACGCCCAAGAACCGCUAUGGCUGGGGACCUACUGUCCAGACGAGCUCCGCCCUGCAAGUAGGCGGCGUCGAGUGUCUGCCCGAAUUCGUCAAGAUUCUGCCAGGUCAGGCGAAAGCUCUGCUUGGCUCAUCCUUCACCCUGCAGUGCAAUAUGCGUGGAGCGCCUCGCCCGCAGGUCACCUGGUUCAAGGAUGGCAUUCAACUAAGCAGCAGCUCUGAGCGCGUCAAGAUCCGUCAAAUCGGCUCCACGUGUGCCCUAACUAUUGCCACCGUAAGCGAACUGGACUCGGGUCGUUACACAUGUGAGGCAACCAACUCCAAGGGCAGAGUCUCCACCUUUGCCCGCCUUCAAGUCGUUGCCGAUUCGAGAAUCUACGAGGCGGAUUCGCGUCUUAAGGAGAUCGCUCAUGGACGAAAUGUGGCCGAUGUGGGCGACUCGCUGCCCAUUUUCACUAUGCGCCUGCGUGAUCGUCGUGUUCAAUUCACCUACCCCGUGAGACUUACCUGCCAGAUCGUUGGUUAUCGUCCCGAGAUAUUGUGGUACAAGGACGAGCAGCUAAUCCAGACCGAUAGAAAACAUCUCAUCAGCUCUGAGGGGCAAUUCUUCACGUUGGAGAUAGCGGCCACCACGCUAGACGACAGCGGCACUUACACCUGCCUGGCAAAGAAUGAACUGGGCUCCGUGUCCUGUCACUGCACCCUUGUGGUGGAUAAGGGCAUUCGGGCAUACAUCUCACCUGACUUUUAUGUGCCUUUGGAUCCCUUCUACAUAUUCCGCGAGGGUUCCGAAAUACGUCUCUCUACUAAAGUGGAGGCCUAUCCCGCCGUAGGCGUGACCUGGCACCGUAAUGGCAUGCGCCUACGUCCAAGUCGGCGCCUGACCGCCACCUUAGAUUCGAAUGGAUACGUUGAACUAAUUAUUGCCGAGGCCACGUUAAGGGAUGCCGGAAUAUAUGUCUGUGUUGCCAACAACGUGGUUGGCAAGGUGGAAACCAUCUGUCGAGUAGCCAUCGAGGAAGAGGUGAACAAGAUAGCAACCCCUCAACGGUCCCUAGAUAUACCUCUCAUCAAGACUGACGACUUGCCAUACUCUAAGGAGCCCCUGUUUGUGGUCAAGCCUCGUUCCAGCGAAGCCUACGAAGGUGACAACGUCAUUAUAUUCUGCGAGGUGGUUGGCGAUCCCAAGCCAGAAGUCGUUUGGCUGCGAGAUUUUCUGAAUCCGGAGUAUUACAAGGACGCCCCUCACUUCCGCCGCAUCGGAGACGGACCCGAGUACAGGCUGGAGAUACCCAGUGCCAAGUUGGACUUCACCGGUACCUACUCCGUAAUAGCCAGCAACUGUCAUGGCGAGGCCAAGGCUGUAAUUUCGCUACAAAUAUUCGCCAAAGAUAUACUGAACGAUAGCCGCAUGGAUAAAGUGCACACACGACAUGGCAACAUCGAGACCCUUCCCCGUUUCGUCCGCAACUUGCGAAAUCUGCGCUGUUGCGAUGGGGAUGCGAUAUCGCUGGAAUGCCAUGUGGAGGCCGAUCCUGAGCCGUUCAUCAUAUGGGAGAAGGACGGGCGCGUGGUUCCCGGCGACCGCGACUACGUUAUGUCCUUUGACGGGACCAAGGCCACGCUGAGCAUUCCGCGCGUGUACCCCGAGGACGAGGGCGAGUACACGUGCGUGGCCAAGAACUCGGUGGGCCGCAGUCUCUCCUCCGCCUGCAUUAUUGUUGAUGUGCCCGAGGAAAAGGAGAAUAUGUUGAGUCGCCAGUUGAUCCGGCCCAGUGGCCUACUAUCCGCCCACUCCACGCCACGCUCCACCCCGCGUUCGACCCCGGCGAGAAGCUUUUCGCCACUACGUCUUUCCUCAUAUCGCACCGCCAGCAGCAUCGAUCUGUCCGCGGUGGCAGAGCGAAGGCGUAGCGAUGCCCGCAAUGCCAUUACGGCACCCAAGUUCCUCGCCAUUCCCUACAAUCGGGUCGUCGAGGAGGGCGACAGUGUGCGCUUCCAGUGUGCCAUUGCCGGUCAUCCCACGCCCUGGGCCACCUGGGACAAGGAUGGUCUGAUUGUCACGCCCACGCCCAGAAUUGCCGUGAAAGAAAUCGAUGAUCUUCGGAUCAUAGAGAUCGACGAGGUGUCUUUCGAUGACGCGGGUUUGUAUCGCGUCACGCUUGAAAACGAUUUUGGAAGGAUUGAGGCCACUGCCCGCCUAGACGUUAUACGUAGCUCGCGUUACUCUAAGUCUCCAUCCGUGCGCAGUGUACGCGCGUCCUCCUCCCGCCGCAAUGCCUACCUUCACAGGCGCAUCAUGGGUCCAUCCACAGCAAUUGGCGGACGCAUGGCUUUGGCUAGUGGCUAUCGGGGCUCCUCGGUGCCUUCGGUGAGGUUCUAUCAUAACAACGUUGAGAUGGAAGAAUCGGAGCGAGUGCACAUACUGUUGCAGAAGGAGGACUCAAUGGCACUGCUCAUUGUGGAUAAUGUGACGCGCGACGACGAAGGAGUGUAUACCUGCAUCAUAAGCGGCAGCAAUCACGAUCCCCUGAUCAGCUCCACCACAGUUAGUUUCAAUGAUAACAAGGCUGAGGAGAUUCCAGCGAGACGGGGUGCCGUCAUCACGGAACCACUGCCCGAGAUAACCAAGUCGUUGGAGGGCGAAGUGAUUGAUCUGUGCUGCGGAAUUGAUUGCGAAGAGCCCUAUAGUUACGUUUGGCUGCGUAAUGGGGAAGUACUGCUGGACAGCGAUGAGUUCAAUUACAUUGAUCAUGGCAAUGGACGCUUGUGCCUGCGUAUCAACGAUGCCUUCGACAUUGACUCUGGCAUAUACAGCUGUCAGGUGUUUACCAACGACUCCAACUCCGACCCCGAUUGCAGCAGCAGCGGCGAGCUGUGCGUCUUGGAGCGUGAUCUGACGCAGGCAGACGAGCAGCGGGUGCAGCUGCUAAAGACGCCUCUUCCGGUGGUAUGUGGUUUGGGCGAGGAAGUCCUAUUCUAUGCCCGCGUCUUCCCCUGCGAAGCAGAAGCCGAAUGGUACCUAAAUGGCCAACUAAUAGCCGAGGAGGAUGACUCACUGAACAUGACGUUGGAGUCGUAUCCCGAGAACGGCAUUCGGCUUCUGCGCAUUCGGGACGUGGCCGCGUCGAGGAGCGGCGAGAUCUGUCUUCAGGUGAAACAUCCGCUGGCAGACUCACGGCGAAUACCCGCCACCCGUACUUAUACCAGUCUUUUGGUUCUGCCCGCCGUCAGGGGCAACAGCAGUGGCUCCUCUUCGCUGGCGGGUCGCAGUAGCUGCAUUUUGACACGCCCCGAGGAUUGCACCGCUCUCAUCGGUGGACAUGUUCGACUGAGCGUGCGCUACGAGCCAUUCCCGGGCACCACUGUCAUCUGGUACAAGGCGUGCCACCCUAUAAUCGAGAGCUCCAAUGUGACAAUACGGACAACGGGCCAGCAGUCAACGCUCUACAUCACGGACAUCACAGCGGAUGACAGUGGCAAAUACACCGUAGAGGUGAUGAGCGACUAUGGCAUGGAGGCUGCUGCCGCCUCGGUGGCAGUCGAGGGACCACCAGAACCGCCCAGUGGUCAGCCUAGUGUCUCCCUGGGCCCAGAUCGGGUGGCGGUGGCCUGGUGCGGACCACCCUACGAUGGGGGCUGCAUGAUCACCGGUUUUAUCAUUGAGAUGCAAAUCUGCGAUAGCGAGGACUGUGAUACGGGCAAAUGGCAGCAGGUGACCCGAGUGGUGGACACGUUGGCCUACACCGUCAAGGACUUGCAGCCACAAAUGCAUUACCGUUUCCGAGUGCGAGCAGAGAACAUUCAUGGAUGUAGUGAACCCGGCCAGCCUAGCGAACUAGUGCAGAUAAGCAACAGGCUUCAGAGAAGUCCUUUAGAUCAUUAUGGCCAGGCAGUGAGCGUCCAAGCGGGCGGAGACUUUAAAGCACGCUUUGAAAUCAUCGAAGAGCUGGGCAAGGGGCGCUUCGGUGUUGUGUACAAGGUGCAGGAGCGCGAGCAGCCGGACCAACUGCUGGCCGCCAAGGUGAUCAAGUGUAUAAAGUCACAAGAUCGACAGAAGGUGCUCGAAGAGAUCUCCAUAAUGCGUUCCUUGCAGCAUCCCAAGCUCCUGCAGCUGGCCGCCUCGUUCGAGAGUCCCAGGGAGAUUGUCAUGGUAAUGGAGUACAUCACUGGCGGCGAGUUAUUUGAGCGUGUGGUGGCCGACGACUUCACCCUAACUGAAUUGGACUGCAUCCUUUUCCUCCGCCAGGUGUGCGAUGGCGUUGCCUACAUGCACAGUCAGAGCGUGGUGCACUUGGACCUGAAGCCAGAGAAUAUCAUGUGCCACACACGCACCAGUCACCAGAUCAAGAUCAUUGACUUUGGCCUGGCCCAGCGACUGGAUACCAAGGCUCCCGUUCGCGUUCUUUUUGGAACGCCCGAGUUCAUACCGCCAGAGAUCAUCAGCUACGAACCCAUUGGCUUCAAGUCAGACAUGUGGAGCGUGGGCGUCAUCUGCUACGUACUGCUCUCUGGCCUUUCGCCUUUCAUGGGCGACACCGAUGUGGAGACCUUUUCGAAUAUCACGCGAGCGGACUACGACUACGAUGACGAGGCUUUUGACUGCGUUUCCCAGGAGGCCAAGGACUUUAUCUCGCAACUGCUGGUGCACCGCAAGGAGGAGCGCCUGUCCGCUCAGCAGUGCCUGGAGUCCAAGUGGCUAUGCCAGCGACACGACGACAAUCUCAGCAAUAACAAAAUAUGCACGGACAAACUAAAGAAGUUCAUUAUCCGGCGAAAGUGGCAGAAAACUGGCAAUGCUAUCCGAGCUCUGGGACGCAUGGCAAACUUGUCGGUGUCGCGCAGGAACUCGGCCAUAGCCAUGGGAGCUUUGAGUAGUCCUAGGCCCUCCAUAUCGGGGUUGAGUAUGUUGAAUGCCAGUGCUUUGGGCAGUGGCAUAUCUUCCCAGAUGACUUCACUUCAUGAAGAAGAGGACGACUUUAGUGUGGAAAUGCCCUCGGUGGAGAAGCGCAGUGUUCUGAAGCUGCGGGAUAAGUCGCAGUGCAGCGAACGAAGUGACUCGGGCUACAGCGAAUGCUCCAACUGCAGCGGUGCCCAGGAGACCCUUCUGCUGUCCCUGGCUAAGUCCAAGCUUGAGGCCAUAGCCAAGGCUAGCAACGCCGUCCACACAGAGAAAGAGGAUUCUGAAAAUCGUGUUGCUGUCACCCUGGAGUUGCCCACCAACAGUAAGGGUGAGGCCAUCAUGCGUUCCGACUUCACCAAUACCAUCAAGAUGCGGAAAAAAUCGCUGGAGGAUAGUGCUGCUCGGGAGAAACCAAAGUCGAAGCCCCAGGUCAAGCCUUUGUGUGAGUCCAAGCUGAAGGUGUCUCAGCUAAAGGAUAGGUUCCAGGUUCCCACUGGUCCUGCUUCUGCUGCAUUCGCCGCUGCUGCUACUGCUAACAAACCUCCGCUUGCCCUUGAGUCCUUCAAGAUAUCCAAGGUGGCGAGUGUGGGACGCAUCAGUAGAACAGAGGAGUCGGAAAAAUCGAAGCGAGGAACUGUCACCAGUGGAUCCUCUGCUAAAGCCAAGCCAGCUCAGGUGCGAUCCAUGCCAAGCUCACCGCUGCCACAGCGAUCAGCUACGCCGACGCGGCUGAUGAGCCAACGUGUCCGUGAGGCGGCCGAGCGUCUUGCCCAACAGCACACGGUGGCCAGUGCUCAGAGGCAGUGCAGCAAUGGAAGUAAUGGCACAAGCACUGGAAAUGGGAACACGAAGACGUCAGACACGAAUCGCGAGUCACGUGCGCGACGGCUAAUUAACAGAUUCAACAACAACAACAACAACAACAACAACGAAACACACCAUAUCACGUCCUAGUUUAUAACUUUAUUUCAGAUAUAUAGAUGAUAUAUCAUUGUUUAAGCAAAGACCCCAGGAGAAACUCAACUCUACGAAACUCGAAUAUGAAGCGAAUUCGAGAAGCGACUGCGGAUCGGAGCGCACCCAGAAUCCAGCACCCGCACCCACUCACAGUAGGAUAUACGCCGCCCCCUCUCCCUCCCGUCGGAGGCCCUGUACUUAGGCUAGGAGGAAGCUAUGUGUUUAAAUUAUUGUAUCGAUUUAUAUACAUAUUUACCGUACUAAUUAAAGUUAAUGAUAACGAA